CCAAAUAAGGAGCUCCAGUAUGGCCGAGUGUCAGCUGCAGAGCUGGUGCAAGCAGUUCAUGAGAUGCUUUCUACAGCUGGUGUUAAUAUGGAUGUGGAGAAGCAGUCCCUACUGCAAACAACAUUAACGCUGCAAGAACAACUAAAGGAGUCUCAGGCAACAUUGUUGCUUGAGCAGGAGAAAUCUGACAUGGCAGCCAAAGAAGCGGAUUCGGCGAAAGCAGCAUGGAUAUGCCGGGUCUGUUUGACCAAUGAAGUCGAUAACACGAUAGUUCCGUGUGGUCACGUGCUCUGUCGGAGGUGCUCAUCUGCUGUUUCCAGGUGUCCAUUCUGUCGUCUACAAGUCACAAAAACAAUGAGAAUUUUCCGUCCUUGAUUAUAUUUGGUGCAUCACAGUAAAUAUAUUCGGGGAUUGAGAUUGCUCCACCAUUCUUUCUGAUGGCGCAAAAUAUUCUUUGACGCUUUUUUUUUUUUUUUGGGAUCACAGAGGUGAAAAGGAAAGUAAAAUUCCUUCCUUUUUUUGAUGUAAAUGACAUUAGCUGCAGGAACCUAAAGAUAUAUAUAUAUAUAUAUAUCUAAUCAAAUCAAACUAAACCUUGUAUAGUGAAUAUAUUUGAAAUCUUUAGUUCUCGUAUAGUGAGUUA